CUGUAACAAGACAUCCCAGACACAAUUUGGACGACCAAUCGGGAUUUAGACAAAAGAAAAGAAGACCCAACCAUUGGUAUUGUAACGAUGCAAAUCACGAAUUCCCCGACCCACGUAUGCAUCGGAUAAAGGAAGGUCAGCGUAAUCGUGAUUGCUGAAGAUAAAUCAUCCUACCUACAUUGCAUAUUCUCCGCAUAUAGUACCGAGACCUGCGUCCAAUUGUGGAUCCUGUCAGAGCAGGCCCCCAGGAAGGCGCCGAAGACGUUUACCAGACUUUGAGAACUUGUGGAAGGAGGUAGAUAGGUACGUUGCCAUGAGGUUCGAAUUCUAGACCAAGUGGACCCGUGGGUCAUGUUCUUGCUUUCUUUUCAGUGAAUCUUGUUUUUUUUUCUCAUCUCACAUGUUUUUGUCAUAAUUUGCUCUCUCAGAUUCUUUUUGGUAAAACAUACGUCACAGAGUGAUACACUGACAAGAUGGUGUUGAAGCAGUUUAUUAGCUCUCAAUAUCGUGCUUUCACCAUGCCGGAUGACUUCUAUGAUCCGGUUACCAAUGUCACUAUCUCCAUACCACCAUGGAGCACUCGACUUUGGGAAUCGGUGAAGCAUCCCGAUCCAAACGUGCUGUUAGCCAUGGUUCUGGGUCCGCUUCUGAUGCUUCUGAUUACGAGAUAUUUGAGCGGACGACCGAGAGAGGGAAGUGGAAAGGAGAGGAGUGCUUGGAUGCUGCCGUACUGGAUUCCGUUUUUGGGUCAUGGCUUUCAUUUGUGAGUAUUCCCAGGGCUGGAUUUGGGAUGAGAUCUCAUGACUAACCCCAAGCUUAGUCUAUGGGAUCCUGUGUCACUAUUCAAGGAAGCGAGGUUAGUUGGAGAAAAUUCGUUCUGGGAUUUGAGUAACGCUGAUACUGCUUUAGAGAACAAAGUCCACAUUCUAUCUUCUCAUUAUAUCUUGGAGGGACCACUCAUAACAUAAGUAGGCCCACAAUUCCAUACUUUCCCCCAUUUCUGAUUCUGGCCUUCAGACGUUUUAGGAGGAAUUUGAGAUAUCAGAUAUCUUACAGCAUCAGCUAAUAUGUCCAAUAGUAUCUGAUCCAAAACUUGUCCAGAGGUUGUAAUACCCAUUUUCUUAUCUGGUUGGUUGACGUGACUAACUCUUAUGUAGUGUGAUGGCACAGCGUGAAUCUCACGUGCAAUUUACGCCCGUAGCUCGGACAAUAGUGCAAAGAGUAAGUGAAAUGGACCCACAUCAUUUAAGUCUCAUAGCUAAACAAUUGUAGUUCUUUGGUCUUCCUAAAAGUAGUAAAGAGAAAUACGAUAAAGCAUGGGAGGUAUGUCUUCAUUUAUCUGCGGUCUCUUGUUCCCGGAUCUUAACUGAUCUCAACAGGAGUUAAAUUCCAGCUUUUCAUACAUUGCAAGAGACCCAUUCUUUGGAACUCUUCUGAACGGAACUGUGAAGAACAUUGAGAACAAUGUAUCCCACAUGAUUUCAUUCGUGGACACAGCCAUCGACCUCGAACCCUGGGAGAAAUGGGGAAAUGCUUCUUAUAUUUCAGACGAAGAAACUGAAAUUGAUUUUGCAGCAAUGAUCCGAGAUGUGAUGGGUCAUUGUUCGGUUCCCGUAAUUUAUGGAAGUGCUUUCAUCGAAAAGUUUCCUAAUGUUUUACAUGAUGUUUACGAAAUGGACAAGGGAAUGCCAUAUUUCCUCAUGGGUUUUCCAUCUUGGUUCCCUUGGCCUUCUGUUUUGAAAGCUCAUAUUGCUCGGAACAGAGUUUGGCAGGCUUUGGAUGAUCAGCAGAGAGCUUUUGACGAUCUCUCUGAGGGAAAAGAGAUAGAUUACAGCUGGGGUGAUCUGGAUGAUGUGAGUGACUUUAGCAAGAGGAGGCAUGAGAUAUACAGAAGUAAGAUCUUCACCCGCACCUGGAUUUCAUACCCUAAUCAUUCAAAUCACAGAAUACGGCUUCGAAGUCCGAGAACGUGGAGAGUUUACAGUAAGUCAGCUUUUCUGUACUCCCCUACUUGAAAUUCACUAAUAACAAAAAUCACAGACCCUCUGGGCUCUAAUAAUUAACUCUUCCCUCCUAGUCUACUGGCACCUCCUCUAUAUUCUCUCAACUCCUGAUCUCCUCUCUCGUCUUCGCACUGAAAUCGCUCCCUACGCAACAGUAGAAAAACCUCUCUCCAUCGGUAAAAUCUCAGAGGCACCACGAUUAUCCAUCAACCACGAAGGACUAGCCAAAAACUGCCAUCUCUUCAAAUCCACAUACUUCGAGGCCUUGAGACUUACAGAUCAACCUUGGAGUGUAAGGAAGGUUUCUAAUGAUGUUGUUAUCUCUGGGGAUGGGGGUGAGGAAGAGGAGAAUGGGGAGAAUGGGGAGAAAUACGUUAUGAGAGAAGGAGAGUAUAUUACUAUGCCUCAUGAUUUGCAUAUGCGGGAUCCGAUUUACUUUGUAAAUCCGGAAAAGUUUGAACCUGAGAGGUUUUUGGAGAGGGAUGAAGAGGGGAAUGGUAGGGCUGAGAUGGGCAGUAUUGUAUGUUAUUCUCCCUUUCCUUCUUACUUACUAAUGCCUUCCACCACCAUGUCAUAUAAACCCAUAACUGAUCAAGAUAGCGGCCCUACGGCGGAGGAGUCUCCCAAUGUAAAGGCCGUGGCCUCGCAGAAAGAGAGUGUAUCUCUCUCGUUGCUGGUAUCAUUGCAUUUUGGGAUAUUGAACUGGUGGAUAAGAAGAAAGGAUGGGUUGUACCGCCUCAGGUUAAGACUACGGCUGUGGCAAGACCGUUGUUUGACACGAGAGUUAGGAUCAGGAGGAGGAAGUUUGAGUGGGAGGUUUGAUGGAGGGGUAAAAAGAGAGCCGGUGGUUAAAGUGGAAGGCUCGUCAGAUCUCAAUUUUGAUGUAGCCUGUUUCAAGCUUAAGUUUAGA